CUCCAUUUGUAAGAACACACAUGUUCCUCUCCUCAUUUCCUCUUUAUUCUUAACCAAAACCCUUUUCUUUCUCUUCUAAGAACACUCAAAUCAUUCUUAGCACAAACAAAAACCCUAAUUGACCCGAAAAAAGAAAAUGGGUGAUAAUAAUAUUGCAAAUUUGUUUGAAGAACAAGAUCAUUUAGGAGAUCCAACAUUUUCAGGACUUGCAACAUCACAAGAUGAUGAUUUAUUUAGCAUCUUUGAUGCAUUAGAGAGUUUACGAGAAACGUCGACGAUGGGUGGUGGUGGUGGUGGUUGUGGUGGUGAUGAAGAUUCAACAACAAAAGGUUUUAUGUUUCAAGAUUUUUCUGAAACUGAAGCUGAAUUUGAUGCUUUUGAAGCUGAAGUAGGUGAUAAUGAACAUGAACAACCUAAGAGUAAGAGAGCUAAGAUUAGUAGCUCAGAUGAAAAUGGAGUAGUUGGAGGGGAAGGUACUAAAGUAUCUCAUAUAACUGUUGAAAGAAAUAGAAGGAAACAAAUGAAUGAACAUCUUUCGGUUUUGCGUUCUCUCAUGCCUUGCUUCUAUGUCAAAAGGGGUGAUCAAGCAUCAAUAAUAGGAGGUGUGGUGGAUUAUAUAAGUGAAUUGCAACAACUUCUUCAAUCACUUGAAGCCAAGAAGCAAAGAAAGGUUUAUAAUGAAGUACUUAGUCCUAGACUUGUUUCAAGUCCAAGGACAUUACCACAAGUAUUAAGCCCUAGAAAACCACCCUUAAGUCCUAGACUUAAUCUUCCUAUAAGUCCAAGAACUCCUCAACCAAGUAGUCCUUAUAGGGCAAGAAUGAAUUUUUCUCCUUCAUUAGCUACUCCUAUUGAUCUUUCUCCUAGUUCUUCAAGCUCUUCACUUAAUGAUUGUGUUGCUAAUGAGCUUGUAGCAAACUCGAGAUCUCCAAUGGCAGAGGUGGAAGUAAAAUUUUCUGGCCCAAAUCUUUUGGUUAAGACAGUUUCUCCAAGAAUUCCAGGGCAAAUUCUAAAGAUUAUUUCGAUCCUCGAAUAUCUUUCCCUCGAGAUUCUUCAUAUCAAUAUUAGUACUAUUGAAGAAACUAUGCUCAACGCCUUUACUAUCAAGAUUGGAAUUGAAUGCCAGCUCAGUGCUGAAGAACUUGCUCACCAAAUCCAACAAACAUUCUGCUCCACACCACUUUUUAAUUAAAUAAAUCCUUCAAAUCAAUAUAUCCUCUAUGAUUUAAUUUCCAUCCUAACCUUAAGUAGGGUAAUUAACUAUAAAAUAAUUAUUAAUUGUACUCAAUGAAAAAGAAACCCAAUUAUUGAAAAUAAUUACUAGAAAAAUAUUUAAGAUUUUAUUUUAAAUAUUUUUCUAAUAAUAAUCAAUAUAACCCUGCUUUAAUUUCUGACCUUAUUCCGCCAAAAUAAACUGUGUUAUUGGUGGAAUGAUUUGCAUUUACUAUCACAUAAUACUCAUCAUGUAUUUUUUUUUUUGUAGUUUUAUUUUUGUUUAAAUAUUUAGAAGGUAAAUAUAGGUAACAUUUGUUAUCAUGAUUGUUUACCCUCAUUUGUGUAAUUUUUCUUUUUCCUUUUGUAAUUUUAGUUGUGGUACGUACAGAUACCAUGUUGCUAUAGUUUUUAUUUUCAGUAAAGAAUUGUAUUAAU